AUGCCUCCUUCCAAAAGACUCAGGCUUUUGCUCUCGCAGAUGCCAAUAGAAGCAUUUGGCGAUUCAGAAGAUCAAAUCCAGGCGUCCCAAUCCUUACUUCAAGGAGCAGCAUUUGAAAUCGAGAAUAUCGACCUUGCUUGGAAUAAUGCGGCUCAAGACACGCUACAGCACCACAUAACUUCCACCGAUGCGACUGACAACCAUGGAACCACUGAGCGAGUCACUGCAAGUAUCGUUAUCAAGAAGGAAGGCGCUUGGGGCGAUGCCACAGGAGAUUUAAUCGUGGAAGUCGCCACUGAAGUCUCCCAUGAAGAUCUCGUCCAAAAUGGUACUGCCAACGAGGAAGUCGCCAAAGAAACCGAUUUCGAAGAUAUUGUUGUGAAAGGCGCCACCGAACAAGACACCAUUUGCAAAAGCUUCAGUGAGGAAGAUACCGCUCAGGUAGAUCUUAUCUCGUUGAGUAUUAACAUGGAGGAUAAUACUGAGAAGAACAACAUUGAGAAAGUUGUCAUCGCAGAAGAUGCCGCCCAAAUUCUCAUGGAAAAUUCCGAUAUUUCGGGCCUGAAUCAUGAUUUCGAGAACUCUGAAGCCUAUUACCAAAUAAUAUUGAAGAUGGAUCGUGGCGCCAUCGACGAAGAGGUUGUUAAGGCUGAGAGGGAGGACGACGAGGAUGUUUGA